CGAGAAAGAAGAGAAGGAAGAGAGAGAAAAACAAAAGAAAGAAGGAAGAAAUAGAGCAGCGAUCGAGCUACAGAGAGAGAGAGGUGAGAGAGCCUGUGUUCGAAACUUCGAAUAUAAAUCAGCAGCACCAAAAAAACAAAAUUAGAUAAAAAAAAAAACCCAAAAUUUCAAAAAAAGAAAAAAAAAAAAGAGGAAGAGCGAGAAAGCGAAAGGCAAAGCUCGCAAGUCAGUGAGGUUCGAUUUCCCUCUGCAAAUUCGUCAAGCUCGUUAAGGUCAGAGUUCAAUCAAUCUCCAAAAGCCCUCUCACACUCUCUCUCCCCCCAAACCCUUUCACUAUUUCAAUUUCUCUUUUUCUUUUUUUGGCGCUUCAUUUGUUUAUCUGCAAUCCCAAUUUUCUCUCUGCAAUUCGAGCUCUGUUUCGCCGGACUCACUGAUCUCAUUCCCCGGACUUCGAAUUUCGAGUCUUGAAGUUCGGAGCUCGCCAAUUGCGCGAAUUCAAUACUGGGUUUGCAUUGGCGCGGCGGUGCAAUUCAAGUUUGGGAGGAACUCCGGACCCGAAUUUGUGGUGAUUCGGACUUAGGGUUUUUGAUUUGUAUUGGUUUUGGAUGAAUUGAGCUAGGUGUGUAGUGGGUUUGAUCUUUAGGGUUUUGGGAUUGAGGAGAUGGGAUUUGGUUUUGCAUUGUGUGGAUUGUGGGCGGGACAAUUUGGGGUUGUUUGGAAAUAAGGUUAACGGUAGUCUCAUUUGAGAUUGGGGUUUUUUUAAAUAUUUUAUUGUACUUUUUUUAAUUUUUGGGGGUUUGUGGAUUGUGGCUCUGUUUGGUGUGAUAUGCAGGGUGUUGGGAAUUGAUUUGAAAUGAAUGAUAUGGGGGAGUGCAAGUUCUGGUUUUUUUCGAGAUAGGAGUAACAGUAAUUUGGGGGUUGCUGGGGGAUUUGUAAAGUAUUGUGGAUGGUGUAUGAAUCUGUUUGUUGAGAAAUGCAACCUCAGCAGUUGUCGAGGAUUGAUUUGGGUGAUUUGAGAGCUCAGUUAGUGAAGAGGAUCGGGCCUGAGAAGUCGAAACGAUACUUUUAUUACUUGAACAAGUUGUUGAGUCAGAAGCUGAGCAAGAAAGAGUUUGAUAAGUUGUGCCACCGCGUGUUAGGAAGUGAGAACUUGCCGCUGCACAAUCAUUUUAUACUGUCAAUCUUGAAGAAUGCAUGCCAAGGCAAGAUCCCGCCACCAGUUCAUUCAUCAGGUCCUGCAAAACCUGGGUUGCAAGCUGCAAACAGUUCUCCGAGUAGAGAAGAUGGGCACGAACAAAGUGGGAACCUUUUCCCAAAUCAGAAUCAAAAUGUGUCUGUUUGGUCUAAUGGGGUUUUGCCUGUGUCCCCAAGGAAGGGGAGGUCCGCUAUACGUGAGCGGAAGCUAAGGGAUAGGCCUAGCCCACUUGGACCAAAUGGGAAGGUAGACAGUGUGUCACAUCCAUCCACAGGUUCAGAGGAUAGUGGCAGUAAGAUUAUCACGGAGAAUGGGGAUGCAAAUCCAUUUGAUUAUCAGAGACCAAUGCAGCAUCUUCAACCAGUUGCCGAGCUACCUGAACGUGAAAGAGAUGGUGCAGUCAGGCGACCCACAGGAAAACCACAGAUACUCAGCAAUCAGGCCAACUUUGCAGUUAUGGAAGAUGGGGAAGAGGCGGAACAAUCAAACCGUUUGAGUUUCUCCAGAAGUCCUCUUCUUGCUCCACUUGGGAUCCCAUUAUACUCAGCCAGUGUAGGUGGGGCCCGCAAAGCUAUUCCGGUGGGUAGCAGCUGUGAUUUUGUUAGCUAUUAUGACAGUGGGGUUUUGUCUGAUACGGAGACCCUGAGAAACCGUAUGGAGCAGAUUGCUGCAGCACAAGGUGUUGGAGGUGUUUCUAUGGAAUGUGCCAAUAUGUUAAAUAAUGUGUUGGAUGUGUACUUAAAGCAAUUGAUCAAAUCCUGUGUUGAGCUGGUGGGAUCAAAGUCUGGUUUAGAGCCAAGAAAGAAUGCUGCACCAAAGCAGCAGAUUCAAGGAAAGGUUAUUAAUGGCAUGUGGCCAAGCAAUCACCCGCAUAUGCAGGGCAGCAAUGGGCCCUUGGAAGUUUCACAGGAGGAAAGACUGCAGCGCUCAAUAUCUUUGCUUGAUUUUAAGGUUGCAAUGGAGCUAAAUCCACAGCAACUUGGAGAAGACUGGCCAUUGCUGCUGGAGAAGAUUUGUAUGCAGUCAUUUGAGGAAUGAAACAUCAUUAAAAGAUACCCUUCAUCCCAAAGUUGUGGUUGGGUCGGUCUGUUCCAGUUCGAAGUCCUGACGAUGGUUGUUCGAGAUCAUUGAUACAACUAAUUCCAUUCACAUUGUCAGGAUGGACCAGAUGGUUCCUAAGUGGGUAAAGUUCCAGUUCUUCCAGAAUGAAAUCAUCUGUUCAAGCAUCAAAUGGCUGUAUUUGCUUGCUAUAGAGCCAGGACCGAUCCAGAUCUAACUGCAACCAAUCAAGGGGUGCUUUGAAAUUAAACCCCCAUGUUUGGUUGUUCUGUUGUUGUUUAACAUAGAUGCUGCUGUAUUUGCAAUCACUCAAGAUCUCAAGCUUUCAGUGUAAUUGCAGCCAAGGAAGAGGAAAUAUAAGAAAAUUUUGCAGGGAUACUGUUCUGUAGCUCGGUGUGAGGUACAAUUCCUUGUGUAAGAGCUGCAGUAUGCUCUGUAUGUAUUUUUAAAAUCUGAGAAUUGAUUGGAAUUUCAAUAACAAUAACACAUUGACAUCA